AGGAAGAUUUAGGCAAAUUUUUACGUUCUUCUUUCUUAAUAUUUAACCAAUAUCAUAUUUAUAUAUCUCGAAAUGAAUACACUAAACAGUCUCAAACACACAGAUUUUCUUCUUGUAAGAAAUAAACCGGGUGGUUUCCUAACCUGACCCACGCGGGUCGGGUUAGAAAAUUUAGAUUUCGCGCUCAAAAUCGCUGUGUAUCAUGGGACCGUUGACGUAGCCGCCACGUGACCGUUUUAGCCUCGUUUCAAAAUAAAGAUGCCCGGACCACCAAGAUCAACAACCGAGUCGGCUAAAAAAAGACAAAAAGCUGCUCAAGGAAAAAGGCGAAGGGAGCGACAAGUGAACAUAGGAAACCAGAUAGAUGUCUGGAAAAAUACUAAAGAAGAGUUAAACGUCAAAAGUGACGAGGAGUUGGCAAAAAAACUUCUAGAAUGUUAUAAAGAUCAACAGGUAGUGAAAAGAAAAAGAAGAAAGGUCACCUCAACCCCAGCACCAGCUCAUGGCAGUGAGGGAUCUGGGUGGUCAAGUGCUGGCUUGUCAUCUGUGAAGUCGUUCGGUUCUGGCAUGAUGUCUGGUGUUGAACCAAUGACAGACACCUCUGAAUCAUCACCAUCCCGUCGAACAAAAAGGCAUCCUGUAGCUGGAUUUAAACCACCUACAGCCACAUCUACAUUUGUUCAACCUGCUUUAGUGUCUAAACCAAAAAGUGCUACCAUAAGUAUUGAAGAAGUCAGCUAUGUAGAUGAUGGAGCUUUAUACAACGAGGAUGAUCAAACGUAUGUGCCAAGUUUUUGGGAUAUGUCUAUGAACAUUGACACUGCAAAUAUCCCUCCUGAUCAGAUGAUAGAAGAUGAAGGGGACAUAACUGUUGCUGUGCAUGACAUUGAGGAGGAAAUUUUGACUGUUGAAGAGGAAGACAGUUCAAGGCCAGAAGUAAAAAAACUCAGUGAAGUGAAGAUGGAAGACAUGCAGGACCCUUUCAUUCUAGUUUCACAGUCCUGUCUACUUCAGUUAGCGUCCUCCUUUCAAAUGAAAAGCUGCAAUAAAUGCAGCAGUAUGGUGUCAAUAAAAACGAAACGCAAUGGAACUGGCAUUAUUCUAAACUGGGAGUGUGACAGAAAGCAUGUAAGUCACAGCUGGAGAAGCCAACCAGUGAUCAGAGGUGGGGCUUUGUUAGGGAACAUAAAAAUGGCUGGGGCUAUUUUGCUGUCUGGCAACAAUUACCAGAAGGUAGCUCUUCUUUGCAAGUUCUUGAAUCUAGGACUUGUUUCUUCAUACAGUUUUCACCAGAUUCAAUCACAUUAUGUUGUACCUUCUGUAGAGAAGUUGUGGGAGAAGGUGAAAGGAACUGCACAAGAGGAGCUUCGUGCAAAUAAUGUUGUAGUUGCAGGUGAUGGACGUAUGGACAGUCCUGGCCAUUGUGCAAAAUAUUGUACCUACACUGUCAUGGACCAAGCCAGUAAAAAGAUCAUUGCGAUGGAAAUAGUAGACAAAAGGGAAUGUGAGCUUCAUUCUGGAAGAAUGGAAGCAGCAGCUUUUGAAAGAGUACUGGCAGACAUUCAGAAUGCUGGUUUACAUGUUUCAGAAUUUGUUACAGAUGCACACCCACAAAUUGCAGCUAUCAUGAGAAAGAAAUUUCAACAUAUCAGGCACAGUUGGGAUAUGUGGCAUGGUGCGAAAAAUCUUGGUAAAAAAUUAUGUGCUGUUUCACAGGAGAAGGGAAAUGCUGCACUAAAGCCAUGGAUAUCAUCAGUGACUAAUCACUUCUACUAUGCUGCAGAAAAUUGUGAAUCAAGUGAAAUGAGACUGAAGAUUAAACUAGCACAAAUAUUGAAUCACUGUGCAGAUAAACACAAAUGGAUGCUUGGCCAGUGUGAUCAUGGAGAACUUGAUGAAGCAAGUAGGAAUAAAGAAUGGUUAAACCCAGGUGGUCCAGAGUUGCUGGCUCUUGAAAGGGUGUUGUUCAAUGCCAGAUUCCUGUCAACAAUGAGAUAUUAUGUGACCUGCCAGACAACUUCUGAGCUGGAGUCAUUCAACAGUCAUUUAUUGAUGUAUGCUGCUAAAAGACAGUCCUUCACUUAUGGUGUUUACAAGGCCAGAUGUCAGUUGGCUGCUAUUGAUUAUAUGAUGCAUUUAGAGAGACCUUACAAAACCAACAAAAAAGGCGAACAAUACUAUAACAGAGCAUUUUCAAAAGCCACCAACCAGUGGGUUGUUAAGCCAGUUAAGGAGAAGAAGCAAUAUUCGUAUAUACCGGAAUUAUUACUUGAUGUGAUUGUGUCGUAUUGUGCCGGUUCCAAGAAACUCAGGGAUCCAGUAGAGAAAGCCCCUUCUGACCCAAUACAUGUAGCUCAAACAAUUGCUCCUAAACAACCCCCACAAACUAAGGAGCUUGUAGAGAAACAGGAACCAAGACUUAGAUUGAAGGCAGGGACCAGCAAGGAAACUCUUGAUUAGAUGGAAAUAUGCAUAGUUUCCUUUCAAAGGAUAAGAAGUGACAGAACAUAGUUUCCUUUCAAAGGAUUAGAAGUGACAGAACUUUAGUAUAUCACCUGGUCACAGAAAAUUUAACAUUAGCAAAAUCCUGGUGAAAAGGGGGAAACCUCAUUAAGCUGUUUUGCUUAUGAUAGCUUUUAAACUUUUAUUAAUAUGUAGAAGUAUUAUCUAUUUCACUGAAAUACACAAAACGUUGACAUAGAAAUAAAGAUGAACAUGCUGAAA